UAUUUUUGUAUGAACUUUUUUGCCGGCUUAAAGAAACAAGUUGGUAUGAGAAAUAUUAUGAAACUUGGCUUUCAAUUUUAUUACAAUUGGCGACGCUUACGGUGAAUGACUUGGAAAAUACUUCGCUUUCUGUCAGCGCUAAUAAGACUCUUUUAAAAAUGCUAUUGCAUUCUAUUAAAGUUCCUUUUUUACGCAAGAAGACCUUGGAAGUUCAUCUGAAAAAGAUUGUGAACACGGAGUUACUAUUUUUAACAACCGGAAACUACAAAAUACAGAUCAUUGCUACUGAUUUCCUUAGGGAUCUUGUUUUAAACUUCACAUCUUCUAUGAGACCGUACGUUGAUGAAAUUGAAAAAACUUGCAGAAAUACUUUGCAGUCUAGCAGUUUUUGUCCCGUUUACUUAAAAAAAGCUCUUUUUUCCUGUUUGGCUAGUCUUCCGCAUACCGGCCGAGUAAACCAAACGGCAGAAGAAUCGUGGCGAUUGCUUUGUUUGAAAAUCGUCGCAAAUAUUCACCACAUCUUGAAUUUCGCCUUUUCCUGUGUAAAAGAAGAAAAGAUCUAUUUUCCUGAGGAUUCAGAAUCAGAAUUAAAUUUAAAAAAAGAUAUAAAAAGCUUAGAUAUGGAUACCUCCUUACUUUCGGUUUACCUUCUACGAAGGCUUGUCGUAGAAUGUGCUCUUCUUCAGGAGCUUUUGCUUUCUGGUUUUUCCAGUGUUGUGGCUUUACCGUUGCAGCAAAUCUUUGAUAUUGUCACUCGCAUAAUUAAUCUUGAUAGUUGCUUUCCAAAAUACGGCAAGAAUCUUGAUUGGCGCCUUCUGAGCUUCAGUUUUGUUAGUUAUUAUCACUGCGGUCUGGAUCUUUUAUGCGCCUUGCUUUCUCUCCGGCCACUUACGGGGGCACUGGCCCGUAAAACCUCUUACUUUGAAGGGAUUGUAAAAAAACCCCUGAAGCUGAAGGUGUACUCUUUAUGCUCUAAACUGUUAAGGAAUUUUCACCUUGAUUUUGAAUUAAAUUUUAUUUCAAUUGUUUUUCGGGAUGCUUUAAAUGCUUUGACUGCUCUUGCAAAACCAAAAUCACUUGGCGAAGAUCCCGCUGCUUCGUCUACUGAUCUGUUCCUCCAUGCAGCAGACGUUAUUGCAGUUGCGAUAUCGUUUCGCCCGUUGAAGAUUCGCGAAGAUCUUCUCAACGAGCUUCAAAGUUGGAUUUGUGCUCAGCUUGUUUCAUUGAACACUUUUCCGCAUAGCAUCGAUCCUCUCUUCACAAAUUUAGCCUGCCUUUGUAGUUUAUAUGAACUUUUAUUAAAAUUCCUUGUGAAUUCCAUAUCUUUGCAACUUUCUUUAUUAAACAAAGCCUUGCGCCUUUUUCACGAGGGUUUGUUUAGUGACUUUGCGGAGAUUUCGAAUAUUUGCCACAACGCCUUAAGGGUCUGCAGUUUCAUAGUCCAUCCGAGAGUCCCUUCUCUCCCCCCUCGUCCGUCUUCUGUUCGGAGUACUUCCCUUCUCACUCCAAUAGUUGGCGGAGAUGAUUUCCACAACAAUGCCUUUACCGAAUUGGUCGAGACUGGAACGGCUGCUGAGAGAAAUAAUAAUAAUUAUAAUGAUGAUAAUAAUAAUAAUAAUAAUAGUAACAGCAAUAAUAAUAAUCACAGAAUAAAUAGUUCGUCUGAUAGUAAAUAUACUCACACGCCGAAGCGCUCUAACGCUGAUCAUUCCCAAAAUUUUUUUGAGAUGGAAAAGAAAAAGCUGUGUUGUCAGGAAGUUGAGAAGUUGGAUGAAGAAAACAGUAGCGAGUGGAUCCCGGAGAUUGUCGACGAGAGCCCCGAUGAAUAGCUGUAAUAGUAAUAAUA